AGAUUGCUCUCAACUUUCGCGGUCGAUCGUCGUCGUGCGGGGAGAAAGAGAGUGUGAGGGAGCGAGAGAAUAAGCAGCAUGUCCGAGGGACCGAGACAAAGGCCCGUGAAGCGUUAAAUAAUACUCGUCCGAAUCGCCGGAUCGAUCAUGCAGCAAGACGCAUCGUACAUUUUUCCGCGACUCCAAGUCGCCCGUGUGGGAACACCACGCUACGGAGGCGCCCGGCAGUAAGGAUCGUCGAGGAGCGGGUCUUCUCCGCCACUGUGCGUAUCCGCCCGCUGUUCCGCCGCGCCAUUUGUCUGGGCAUCACUGCUCGGGGUGAUCGGCACACUACACAUCGUGGCAUGGUCGGACGACGCACAAAACGCUCCGAUCGAGGUUGAGAACCGCAUUCGAGUUUUGUAGUUAAUAUUUUAUCAACGUGAACGUGCGCGGAAAAUUACACGAUGAGAGGAAGGAUCUCGUAACACCGGCCCCGGUAACGAGCGUCCCGUGUCAUAUGGCCGCACUCGCGCCGACAAAUCCGAUCCUGUCCUGUUUUGUUUACGUCGCGAAGUACAUCGGAUUGUCUAGUCGAUGUCGGCAGUCGGCUUCGCUACGCCGUGCAAAAGCUCGUCGGUGCGCUAUAUAACAUUAACGUAGCAUAUUGCGAUAAUGUAUUUCAUAUCUUGGUUGAACUAUCGUUCAACAAAGAGCUUUUCGAUUUCUGUCUCAUAUAACUCACAGCAGGUGAAUAUUCUUCAGCGGAACAAUGACUUCGGUUUAUUUUGCUUUGCCGCUCAACAUAGACAGAGUGUGCAGGAUUUGCCUCACUGAAGGUACCAACCUGUCGCCAAUCUUCUCCACUAAUCAGGUGGAGAAUGAUUUCCAAGGAGAAAAUUCUCUUCUCUCCCAGAAGAUACAAGUCUGUGGCUCUAUCGAGAUACACGAACAGGAUGGAUUGCCUUCCCUAAUAUGUGACGUUUGUGCCUACAAGGCUAGAGUCGCACACGAGUUCAGGGAACAGUGUCAGAGUUCUGAUGCAAAGUUGCGCAUGUACUAUAAUAAGCCUGCUAAGUGUAAUAUUAAUAUCACAGAUUCUUAUACACAGACAGAUCUGCAAACGAGGUUUGUACUGUCAACAAAGCCGAAUCAUCUCCAAGAUGAAUAUUUUGUUAAGGAAGAUAUGCAAGUAGUAGCAAAUCCACAGGAGUAUGUACAACCUGCUGACCAAUUUCCCAGGGAUGAAACCAGUCUGAACGCCAAUCAGAUUCACAUGCAAGAUGAGAAGCUGUUCAUAUGCUCCAUUGGAUUCGAAGGGAACAAGGAGGAAGUGGUGAAGGAUUCCUGCAUGCCGGAGAAUGUGGUUCACGAAAUGUCGAUAGCGCAAGAAGAUGCUCAAGAUACAUCCAACAUCAUCAAUAUGCAAAGCAAAGACGAAAUAGUGAAAGAGACGGAGCAGUAUAUGGAGAAGAAUGGCACGGACGAACAGGAGCAAUUCGUCAGUGAAAGUUUGCCCGACAAUAAUGUGGAGGAGGAGAUGGAGGAAGAGGAAGAAAACGUACGUCCACAGAAACGUACGUCCACGAGAAAAACCAAGUCAGCGCCGGCCAAGACGUACAGCGACGACGAGAUCGGCGACAAUUAUUACGAUCCGAGCAGCGACAGUCAAGAUUCGGUGGAGUCGAAGUUCAAGUGCAAGAUCUGCUCGAAGCAGUACGCCACGCAGAAAGGACUGAAGAAACACUCACUUGUUCAUGAGAAGAAGUACAAGUGUAAUGUCUGCCUGAAGAUGUUCUAUAAGCAAGAGAACAUGGAGAACCAUCAGAAAAUACACGCGUCGAAACCGCACGCGUGUCAGCUUUGUCACGCGUGUUUCUCGAAACCACAGAGCCUUGUGAAGCAUCUGAAGUCACACACAGAGAAGGUGAACGACAUGAUUAAGCAGAUCAAUACGGACGAACGCAAGGAUAAUAAGGAGCCGAAGAAAGAGUUGAAGAGCGAGGACGACACUGACGAAGAGACCGGGCCGACGAACGAGACAGACGAAUUCGAGAACGCGCCCGAGUUGUACAAGUGCGAGAUCUGCAGCCAGUACUGCUCAUCCCUGAAAAACUUGAGGAGGCAUGCUCUCGUGCACGGCGACAAGAAGUACUCGUGUACAGUAUGCAAGAAAUGGUUCUUCAGACCGGACACUCUGAAGAAACACGCGGAGAAGCAUGGACACGGACUGCUGGAUAAUCUCGUGGACGAUAACAAGCUGUAUAACUCAGACGACGACGAGGUGGGGCCGACAAGCAACGCGGUGAAUCCCUCCUUGCCGGAGAACGAGAACGUGAAGAAAGAGGACAGUGACGAAGACGGCUCCGGGGAGUAUAAGUGCCAGCAUUGCGACAAGGUGAUGGCCACAAAAAAAGGCCUGCGCCGGCACGUGUCGAUGCAUAAGCCGAAGGCCGAGCCGGUGACCUGCGAGAUCUGCAGGAAGGUGUGCGCGAGCCAAGCGCGACUAGUUCUCCAUCAACGCACGCACAAGCCGAAAGAGAAGGUGCCGCGCGAGUAUCUCUGUCACAUCUGCAGCAAGGUCUACCCCAGUAACUCGUCCCUCACGUACCACAUGCGCACCCACACCGGCGUCAAGCCACACGUAUGCAAAACGUGCAACAGCGGCUUCACGACUACCACCAGCUUGGCGAAUCACAUACGCAUUCACACGGGCGACAAGCCGUUCGUUUGCCAUGUCUGUAGCGCCGCGUUCGCCGUGAGCUCGGCCUUCCGCAGACACCUAACUCGGCACACCGGUGAGGCGAAUUACCUUUGCAAGACGUGCGGCAAGGCGUUCAAGCGGCUCAGCACCCUCAAGGAGCAUACGUACACGCACUCGGGCGAGAAACCUUACGUCUGCAAGACCUGCGGCGCAGCGUAUAGUCACAGUGGCAGCCUAUUCGCUCACCAGAAACGUUGUCGCGCCCAGUACGGCGACAUGAUCGUCGACGAUCAUCAUCAUCAUCACAUGCCGCACACAGUCACGCAUAUCCACGUGAACAUGAACAACGUGAAUAACGGGCAGGCCGCGGUACGGCCGGUUACUGUGAUAGGUCAAAUAUACUAAGGCAGUCGUACGGGCACCGUAUAAUGGACAUCCAGUAUUGCAUUACGUGUCACUUUGCAACGUGGCGGUUGCUGUUGUAAUUGCAGUUACGUAGUGCCACUGCAACCAUGUAACUGCAAAUCAUUCGCGCGAAGCAACGACUCCUGCAUCCACGUGUGGUGCGCGAGUAUGUGAGAUGCAGAUUAUCUCGCAUCAGUUGUAAAUAUAUAUCAACAGCUCUUCUUUGUCAUAAUAAAAGGAAACGUUCUUUGGAAUACGGCUAUGUUCUCGAGGACCGUCGAAGGUCUAACGCUUUGCUUUCUGAGGAUACGUAGAGGAGUAUUUCUUGAUUGUAUCAUACGUACGAUAUUGCAUAUCGGAGACGCGAAAAUGGAGUUUUCCAAAUGAAAUCGCAAUAGGUCGUCGAUGAAAAUUUCCAGAUAUUUUUUUAUUAUUUGAUGUUACAGAUACGGAUAUAUACGAGCAUAACGUAUAGGAUGAAGCAUUAACUCUAUUCUUUCUGAGUAGCUUUGAACUGAUAAUAAUUGGAAAAAAUGUCUCCAAUGUAAAAGUUAAUUUCUUGCGAGCGAUAUUCAUGUGGGUGACUACACUUGGAACAAAGAUAUGCAUAACAUGUCUCUUCUAUGUACACUAAAUUUAGUCUCGAAUAUUUGUUUCGACACAAUCAAAUCCUCCUUUACUGAAUUUAAUUAUUUUUAAGAUAUUUAAAUUAUGUGGAAUUAUUGCUUCAUCCUUUGUAUCGAUACAAAUGUAUGUAUAUAUACAUAUACACAUGCAUUCAUAUAUAUAUAUAUAUUUUUUUAUAUAUAUUCAUAUAAUCCAGAUCUUGCUGUACCACAUAUUACAUGACAGUUCUCUUACAUUGCUAUAUUAUUUCAGAGUAGUUAGCU